AUUGUUUAUGAAAUCACGUGGAGUCUUUCAAACAAUGUAAAUCUGAAGUAAAUUAAAGUCUAAACACAUUGAACACUUUAAUUUCCCAUUAAUAAAAAGAAUUUUUCACCAUCAAGCAGAAUGAGUUCCAAUGACAAGACCGAAGCUUCUCCUAGCUUUAUUGGCAACGAAAGCCCCUCGCAGCCGAUUGCCGGAAACUGGGACAGCGAAGAGGAAACCGACAUUGUUUCCCCGGAGACACCUUGCCAGCAUGUAGAGCCAGAUGACUUUGUCUACAAGGUUCUCUCCGUGUAUCAGAUAGUGCAGCAUCAGCGGGACAUCAUCGAUGAGGUGAACAAUGUCUUGAAUCUAUCGCCACCGGUCGCUCGGACCAUUUUGAAUCACUUCAAUUGGGACAAGGAGCGGCUGUUGGAGAAUUACUUCGAGAGCACUCCGCAUGAGUUUUUCCAGCGGGCCCAAGUUCUAAAUCCCUUCGAGAUAGAUAUUCCAAGUCCUCCCGAAGCCUAUAACCCAUCCCUCGAUGAUUUAGCUUGCGAAAUAUGCUUCUGUUCCGACCUGGAACACUUUGGUUUGGGCUGCGGCCACAACUACUGCGUCGAAUGUUGGAAGCAGUACUUGGUCAAUAAGACCUGCAGUGAGGGCCUGACCCACACGAUCACCUGUCCGGCUGCCAAUUGCAAUAUCCUCGUGGACUAUGCCACCUACCUGGCGCUCGUCGAUGACUUGAAAGUGGUGGAGCGUUACAAACAGCUGACGGCCAACACUUUCGUGAAGUGCAACACGCUGAUGCGCUGGUGUCCCGCUCCCAACUGUUCCUAUGUCAUCGAGGCCAACUACAUGGGACCCAAGGCCGUGGAGUGCAAGUGCGGCCAUCAGUUUUGCUUUAGCUGUGGCGAGAAUUGGCACGAGCCCGUUGCCUGCAAUUUGCUGAAAAACUGGCUAAGCAUAAUCGAGGAUCCGGAGACUACCAACUGGAUCUACCAUAAUACAAAGAAGUGCCCCCAGUGUCAGGUGUCGAUCCAGAAGUUCGGAGGAUGUGAGCACAUGGUCUGCAGGAAUCUCUCCUGCUUGUACCAAUUCUGUUGGCUCUGCUUGCAGCCUUGGAGGUGGCAUAGUUUGGACUGGUUCCGUUGCCGUCUCUUCGCGGAGGCGGCGGAAAGGCGGGCGCGUCUGGAACAGGAGAACUCUAGCGACACCAGAGUCCGAGUCCAGUACUAUAAGGAUUGUUACAUAAGUCACAUGCAAAGCAUGAAGAAGGAGCGCAAGUUGUAUGCCGAAAUUCAGGCCAAAAUAAAUGACAAGGAGUUGGGGAUUCGCUGGAUUGAGGUCCAGUUUUUGCGCGAUGCCAUCGAUGCCAUGUGCCAGUGUCGCUCUAUCCUGAUGUACAGCUACGUGUUUGCCUUUUACCUGAAGAACAACAACCAGAAGGAGAUUUUUGAAUACAACCAAAAGGACUUGGAGACGGCCACAGACAGGAUCUCCGAGUGCUUGCAGCAGGAGAUCACAGUGGAGAAUCUAUACGAUAUCAAGAAAAAAGUUAUCGAACUAUCACAAUAUUGCCAGCAACGACGGCAUGUCCUGCUGAGCUACGUGCGAGAGGGCAACGAAAAGGGGUGGUGGGAUUGCAAGGAGGCGACCCUACCAUCUCCAUUUUAAAGUGUUUUACAAAGGAUUUUCGAUCAAAAUCUAUUUUUAU